CGCGGCGCGGCGCUGGGGUAGAGCGCGGCGUUAAGUUGUGUGGCAGCGCGAGCGAGCCGACUCCCGCCAGUUGCCGAUGCACGACGGUUCUCAGUGGGUGCCGCAGGUUACGUCUGCCUGAGCCUUCACAAUGCACGACAGCAUACGGACCAAGUUAUUACGAGAUGGAUAUGUCAUCCUGGAUGAUUUCUUGUCUGAUGCUGAAGUGAAGGAACUCAAAACUGCGGGAGAAGAGCUUACUGAUGAUUUACCAGAGGAAUCUUCUCGAACAGUUUUCAGUACAACACAACCAAAGCAGAAUAAAGAUAAGUACUUCCUAGAAAGUUCAGAUAAAGUGAGUUAUUUCUUUGAAAAUGGGGCUGUUGAUGAGUCUGGAAAACUGCUAGUGGAUGCAAAAGUCUCCCUGAAUAAAGUUGGACAUGCUCUCCAUUUACUGCAUCCAACAUUUGAGAAGUACACUUUCAGCAAUAAAGUGAAAGAAACAUGUUGGCAGCUAGGUUUUUCAGAACCUGUUAUUGUGCAAAGUAUGUACAUUUAUAAGAACCCUGGUGUUGGUAGUGAAGUUGUAGCACACCAGGAUGCAACAUUCCUUCACACUGAACCUACUGAGCUUGUGGGGUUUUGGUUUGCUCUUGAUGAUGCUACAGUGGAAAAUGGUUGUCUGUGGUUUGCACCUGGAUCACAUCGCAGUGGAGUACACAGACGUCUCACACGAAAUCCCGAUCCAAAUUCAGAUGAGCUGUUAAUUUUCACAGCACCAGCUCCCCUGUAUCAGUCAUCAAUAUUUCAGCCUGUACCAGUCCGUAAAGGAACAUGUGUGCUGAUCCAUGGGCAGGUUGUUCACAAAAGUGAGCACAACAAAUCUCAGAAUCCUCGCCAUGCAUAUACAUUCCACGUAUUUGACAAAAAAAGAGCAAAAUAUUCACCUGAGAACUGGCUGCAGUUGAAAGAAGGAUAUAACUUCCCUGCCUUAUACAAAAGUGCACCAGUCUCGGACGUCUAGACACUGGUUGAAGGUUGAUGACACUUACUGUGACAAAAGAAGUCUCCCGAGCAAAAUCCAAGUAUUGUGCUCAUUUCUCCCACCAGCAACAACUGUUCUUCAUAGAAAUUGUGGAUGUUGUAAAAUGAGAACCAGGUGUAAUAAUUUUGUUUUGGGCUUUGAUAUUAGUCAUCUUCUUAAUGGACUCAAAUAACUUUGUUCAAUUAUUUUGUAGACACAAUGGAACUCUGAUAUUGUUUUUAUAAUUGAUGAAUGCUGAUGAUCCAGAGCAGUACCUUAUGUAUGUCUGUCUAUGUAAAGAAAGGAAUUACUGCAAGACAUGCCAUCUGGUAUGACUCAACAAUUAAAUGCAAAAUUCCAUUUGAUAUGAAUGGCUGUGUAUCUUUCAUCUGUGUAAGUGAUCUCAGGUGCAAACUUUUCUCUAUAUUUGUUAUUUAACAAACUUUUAUUUUAAUAAAGAAUUAAGAUCUGA